AUGACUUUACCACCACAUGUAGUGAAAGCCCCUUGUUUGGCUAGGUAUUAUUCUGUUGAUACAGGGUACCUCUCAAACUCACAUCCUCAGAGCUUAGCAAAACUCUAUAGGACUACUUCAAAUGUCUUCACCACCUUUCAAACACUCACCUGUAAUAAACGUAAACCCUUUGAAGUUGUAAAUGUCAAUGGAUCUUAUGACCCAGCAGGUGUAGCUCAGUCUGGGCGGUUCUUGAUGUUUAAAGGAAGAUGUUUUUAUGGUAUUAUGUCAUGUUUUGUGUUGAUCCCAGGAAGAGUAGCUGCUGCUUCAGCAACUGCUAAUGGGGAUCCUAAUAAAAUCCUAAAUGCUAGGUGUGAUAUACUGACCAUUAGCAUGGGAAUUAUGACACCUUCCAAGAGGUGAAGGCUGGGUUGGUUAUUUCUUAUAAAAGGCUGCCACCAACUCCAGUGUCUCGUAGCCCAGACUGACAGCAAGGUUUCCAUUUGGAACCUUGAACCACUAAAAUAUAGACAACCAAUUGAUUAUCGAUUUAUUUGCUGCGGAAUAAUUAGUGUUUUCUGAAUCUGGAAGAUUUUCUCUUUUUGUUGGGGAAAAAUGACUUUCUUCAUCAACUUUGUGUUUUUGUCCACAUUUUCUGCCGUGGCUUUGUCUCUUCCAUUCCCUCACAACUCCAUCAAGAGCGUUCCUAAGAAUGGCGCGAGCCGGUACUUUGAAUCAUCCGGUAACGGUCCAGUCGACGAACAGGAGCCUAUUCGGGGAACGGUCAAAGUAGUCAAACUCAACCCCAAUAACCUGGGUCUGUCGGGUCUUUUUAGACGAGGCGGGAUUUCCCCCCGAGGUGCGCCCGGUCCGAGGAUGCCUUUCCCAGCCUUCUUGUCCACGGGUCGCCCUGGCCCUCCUGCGCUCCCUGCCAAAGCAGCUGCGGUGCCUCUGCAUCCACUGUCACAUCUGCACCAAGACAGUAAGGGCAAUGGCGGGGUGGGUAUGAAGAAGAGGCAAGGAUUUGAGAUGUGGCAGAGGGCCAUGGAUAAGAGCGACCACAGUAAGACCAUGUCCAUGUCGCUGCCCCUCAGUCUCAAAAGAUCUGCCAACAGACAGAGCUGCGCCGCCGUGCCUUUUACUCAGCGGAUAACGUCCGAUGGCUGCGACGCGGUCACAGUCCACAACAAACUGUGCUUCGGUCAAUGCAGUUCGCUGUUCAUUCCCUCUGGUUGGGAGUCUUCCAGGCUGACGGGUGCAGGGGGACACCGCCGUGCGCCCUGUUCCCGCUGCGCUCCAUCCAAGGCUCACACGGUGACGGUGCCUCUGCGUUGUGGAAUGGAAGUGCGGGAGAAGCGCGUGAUGGUGGUGGAAGAAUGCAAAUGUGAGACUGGUCGUGAGGAGGGAAAUAUCGAGGCUGUGGCCUCCAUGCACUUGUAACUGAAGAUAUUGUAGUUUAAGGGCGACAUUU